ACCUAAACUUAUGAAUCCAAGCCAAUAUUAAGUUAUUCUUUUUCCUCAUCAGUCAUUAAACUAAAGAACAUUAUGGGUAGAAUUUUCGUAGCUGCACUAACUUUAUUAGUAACCCUUCAAGUUUUACAUAUUCCUAUAGCUUUUGCUGCUACAACAGGAAAGAAAAUAACAAUUUUGAGCAUUGAUGGAGGUGGUAUCAGAGGAAUUAUUCCUGGCACCAUUCUUGCUUUCCUUGAAUCCAAACUUCAGGAACUUGAUGGACCAAAUGCAAGAAUUGCGGAUUAUUUUGAUGUUGUAGCUGGAACAAGCACAGGUGGAUUAAUAGCCACCAUGCUAACAGCUCCAAACAAAGAUAAUCGUCCUUUAUAUGCAGCUAAAAAUAUUACAAAUUUCUACAUGGAUCAUGGCCCUAAAAUAUUUCCUGAGAGCAGUCGCACCAGCUUUUUGAAAAGGCUAGCAAAUAUAUUUGGAGGGCCAAAAUAUGACGGAAAAUAUCUGAGAACGUUAGUUAGAUCGAUAUUAGGCAAUCUUACUGUGACACAAACAUUGACUCAAUUAGUCAUCCCAUCUUUUGAUAUCAAGCGCCUUCAAGCCGUGGUCUUCACAACUAGUGAUGCCAAAGCGCAUGUCUCUAAAAAUGCUUUACUAUCGGACGUAUGCCUUAGUACCUCAGCAGCACCAACUUAUUUCCCUGUACAUUAUUUUGAAACAAGGGAUUCUCAAGGCAAAACACGUACAUUUGAUCUUGUUGAUGGAGGUGUAGCUGCAAAUAAUCCCACUCUAGUAGCAAUAACUCAAACUUCAAAAGAAAUGAUGCUGGGUAAACUACAAAACGCGGGGUUGAAACCCAUGGAUUGCAAGAAAAUGUUGGUUCUAUCACUAGGCACAGGUAUAGCAAAAGAUGAAAAGAAGUAUAGCGCCGCGGCGGCUUCAACAUGGGGUGUACUUGGUUGGUUGUACAACAAUGGUGCAAGUCCAUUACUAGACGUUUAUGGUGAUGCAAGUUCUGAUAUUGUCGAUGUGCAUCUCUCUACCAUAUUUCAGUCCCUUGAUAGCCAAAACAAUUAUCUUCGAAUUCAGGAUGAUAGUUUGAGUGGGGAGGCUGCAUCUAUGGAUGUUGCAACUAAAAAGAACAUGGAGGCACUUGUACAAAUUGGUAAUGAUCGAUUGAAGAAGGGUGUUUCAAGGGUUAAUUUAGACACUGGACGUUAUGAAGAAGUUAGUGGAGAAGGGACCAAUGAAGAAGCACUUAUUCGUUUUGCUAAGUUGCUUUCAGAGCAAAGAAAAAUUAGGCAACCAGUUGACGAGUUCAUUUCCAUUAGAAAAAUACUCUAAAUAAUAGAAAACUACUCUUACAAUUACUAUUUCAUUUUCAUAGUUUUAAGACUUCUUUUUAAAUUUAUAUGAUUUGGAUAAAGGUAGACGUGGCUUGCUUAUCAAUUAUCAUGUACACAAUGCUUUUCAAAAGAAAAUAAAUUACUCCACUUAUAAUA